CAGUCCUCCCUGGGGCAGCGCGCACUGGGAAUGAUGUUCCGACCAUGCAGGAAGGAUCUGACUGGGAGGGCCCCUCUCACUGCCAGCCAAGCGAGGUCUUGGUGCUUGUUGGGUCAAGUACGUUCCGUGGACCUGGAGAAUAUAUACUUGACUGAAAUUAGUGAAGUGCCUUCAGGAGAAUUCAAUGAAAAACAACGUUUUAAAGAAAUGUUUCAGACGUUUAUUCCUUUCGAAAGUGAAAGCAAUUUUCGCAGAAGGCCGAGAUUUGUCUCUAAACAAGACGUGGAAAAAAUAAUACAGAGAUCCCUGUCAAAACAAGGAGAAACUGAUGUCUAUGAUUCAAAAAACAUUCCAGAAAAUUGGGACAAAUCAGCUUUGGUGGACGGGGGAUUCAAGCGUAUUCAACUCUCACAGUCAUCUGAAGAGUAUAAGAAAAUCCAGUCCCUCUUCCAUAACACUAUGCAGUCCAGCAAAAUCCAGAAGAUUGACAGAAUCCAAAACGUUGGACUUUGGGAAAUAUUUCAGUGGAAAAAAGAGCAGAUGAGGAAAAAGAAUGGUGCCCAAAAUGUGAAUGAGCGCCACCUUUUUCAUGGGAUCACAAUUCCCACAAUUGUUGAUACCAUUUGCUACCAGAACUUUGAUUGGGGAACCAUGGCACAGGAUGGAACUCUGUAUGGCAAAGGAAUACAUUUUGCUGAGAAAGCAUCUUGCUGCUUCUUUGACUUGUACUCAGGAUCUCCAACAGAGCACAACAUCAUGUUCUUGGCACGGGUGUUGGUAGGAGAGUCUGCUCAAGGGCAUGGAGCUUGUCAUCAGCUGCCAUCUAAGGAUGGCACAAGGCUCAAUCUAUAUGACAGCUGUGUUGACAGCAUCAGUGAUCCUUCUAUCUUUGUUAUAUUUGAGAAAUAUCAGAUUUACCCAGAAUAUGUCAUACAAUAUGAUACUGAUUUAAUGUAGAAAUCAAACAUUUCUGACAACUCUUCUGCAAUAGUGUCUGAUGAUGAGAAAUGAUGAAAUCAGCAUUUUAUUUUUGGGAACUCAAGGCUUCCUACUUUUACCAAAUGUAAUUGGUGCUGGCAUGCACAUUAUUACCCUGUGUUACUACCUGCCAUAAAACAAAAUCUACCUGUCCUACUGUGGAGUUUGACAGCACUUCCAAACACUGGGGUAAUGGCAGCUGAUUAUACUCAUCUUCACAUACUCUCUUUCAUUGACUUUGACUGAACAGAAGGUGUGGAAAGGUGUACAACAUUGCUGCAACUAAAGAUGAAUUCUUUCUCCAAUGUACUAUUAGUGCCGCCCACCAACCCCCUCCACCAUCUCUCGCCAAAUGAACUCACAAUCUAGAGAGGGCAGCACUGUUGCAAUGGCUUUCCCAUCAUUGUUUUACUCAGUUCCAACUUUGUUUCUAACCAAACUUUCUUUGGUAAAAUGCAUGAACUUCUAAUAAAAACACUGAAAAUUGUUCAUACUUACUGCAUAUGUGGGAACAAGUAUUUGGUAAAUAGGAACAAUGUCUGUGUUUAUUAUUAGCAGUUCAUGGAGGUGGGGCAGAAUUUCCUCUGCUACUUCCUACUGGUUCCCAUAUGUUUCUGGUGUUCCUCUGAAGAUGUUGGCUCUCUAUUGGAUGAAGGCACUGGGUAGGUUAAGAUUGUGAAUAAGUAAUACGUUUAUGUGACAUUGUUUCA